UCUCAACAACAUCACCUCGUGCUUCAGUCAUCCUGCAGUGACAAACAUCAACCCGAAGGCGAGGGUAAAGGAACACUCACUCUGGUUUAGUGUGUCAAGUUAGUGUCCACUAAUAUUUAUCAAUAAUUUGACUGCAUGUUCACACGGUAUACCGGUUUUGAGUGUGCCGGGACAUGUCCACAUUGUCACAUCGGUAGAAAUAUAAUAUUUUACUUUAUAUGUUGUAUCUUGCCCUUUAAGCGGUCGCUGUUGUCCUCCCUUACAGGAAGUGCGAGGGGUGUUCCCGUCGCAAUUCCAGCUGAUCUUAUACGGCAGACGGAAGUGAGCUCUCGUCUAUGUUUUGGAACUGCCUUCCAAAACUAUUGUCAUUACUGUAGUGUUGCAGUGAGCGAGAGAGGAAUACGUCUACAUGAGAUAUCUUGAGGAAUACAUUUCGAGGGAUUUCUUGUUAUUACAGGGGGGAUCUCCUGUCCCCGUCCACCACACCUCGCCGUGGAGUGUUUCUCCCUCCUAGGUGAUUGCUCUGUAGCAGGACUGUCAUGCGAUCAGAGAGGGGAUGGCAUCCUUUCCGAGUAAUUGUAAGACAGACGGGACAGUGGAAGAGGAAAACGGUGACCUGGAUCAGUCUCUUCAGCAAAUGUUAAAAGCUAUUGCCGACGAAAGAAGCCGUCUCAACAUUCGGCAAGAAAUAAGUGGUCUGGGCUGCUUUAAGGACGACCGCAUUGUGUUCUGGACAUGGAUGUUCUCCACGUACUUUAUGGAGAAGUGGGCCCCCAGGCAAGACGACAUGCUGUUCUACGUGCGCAGAAAGCUGUCCUACGUCAGUGCAGACAACACAGAAGGCAAGAAGGUGGAGGUGGAGGUCUACAGGAGGGACUCCAAGAAGCUUCCUGGCCUGGGGGAUCCUGACAUUGACUGGGAGGAGAGUGUCUACUUGAACCUCAUUCUGCAGAAGCUGGAUUAUGUGGUCACCUGUGCAGUGUGCACUCGUUCCGAUGCAGGUGACAUUCACAUCCAUAAAAAGAAGUCUCAGCAAGUCUUCGCCUCGCCCAGCAAACACCCCAUGGACAGUAAGGGCGAAGAGUCCAAGAUGAGCUACCCCAACAUCUUUUUCAUGAUCGACAACUUUGACGAGGUGUUCAGCGACAUGUCUGUCGGAGAAGGAGAGAUGGUGUGUGUGGAACUGGUGGCGAGCGACAAGACCAACACCUUCCAGGGAGUAAUCUUCCAGGGCUCCAUCCGCUACGAGGCCCUGAGGAAGGUCUACGACAACAGGGUGAGCGUGGCAGCGAAGAUGGCUCAGAGGAUGUCGUUCGGCUUUUACAAGUCCAACAACAUGGAGUUUGUGCGGAUGAAGGGUCCGCAGGGCAAAGGGCACGCGGAGAUGGCAGUGAGCCGAGUGCCCACUGGAGACACGUCGCCCUGCGGCACGGAGGAGGAUCAGGACUCCCCAAUGCACGAGCGGAUGACGUCGUUCAGCACGCCCCCGACCCCAGAGCGCAACCGUCCGUCCUUCUUCUCUCCGUCGCUGCGCAGGAAGGUGCCACGCACCCUGGCCGAGAUGAAGAAGUCGCACUCGGCCAAUGACAGCGAGGAGUUCUUCAGGGAGGAGGACGACGCAGACUACGGCAACCCCACAAACCUCCGCUCUCGCUCUUUGUCGGGGACACGCCGCUCUCUGGUGGGCUCCUGGCUGAAGCUCAACCGCACAGAGGAGUACUUCCUUCUCUUCUCCCACCUCACCUACGUCACCCUCCCUAUCCAUCGCAUCACCGCAGAUAUUCUGGAGGUGAGACAAAAACCUAUCCUGAUGACUUAGCGAAAGCCUGACUGCCUAAGACACUCACUACCAAGUGCCUACCUGCAUCAGGCCACUGACUCAACACUACCAUCUAGUGUCUGGACAAAACACCAAAAACUAAAGAAGAGGGCGCAAGUGAGUGAGUGAGCGAGCGAGCGAAUGGACAAAAGGAGAUCACAGAACAACAACAAUAACAAAAGAGACAAUAGGGGAAACCUUUGGAGGAAAUAAAAAAACAAUUAAAAACCAGCCAAUCAAAAAGUGCCUCUUCCAAUGGUUCUUACCACCACCCCAUCCCUCUUGGACAACUAUAGGGGGUGGAGGGAGGAGGUUGUGAGCAGUCUCCAUGGUAACACCACCAUGGACAUCAGGCAUAGGGACAUCAUGGAAAUCCUGCAGGCUUUUUUUCCUGGAAACUCAUCUGGUGCAAGUCUGACAGGGAAACCAAAGGAGGGGGGAUUUAAACAGUGUGGGGUGGGGGGAGGUUAAAAAGAAUGUUUUUUCUGUUUUCGUGUAAAUACACUCUGCUGCUUAGCUACUCAGUGAAUCACAGUCUGCUUUCCACUCCUCAAGAGCCUUGUUUGAAGUAAACACGCGUUAGGCCAAGUACGCCACGCAGUGCUUAACACACUAUCCAAAGGCAAGGUGUCUCCCUCGUCUUUCCCUGAGCCUUAACACUCGUUACCAGCUGAUCUGUACUAGUGGAAGAAACUUUUGAUCACUCACCGUCACGUGGCGCACACAUUUAUAUGUACCCACAGACUUACACGAAGAAUUCCUCAUUUAUUCACUGAUUGAUCCUGAAAGAGAACUAGGUCGCCAUCUUCGAUCUUACCUGCCAGUUGCGAGCACAACUCCACAGACAGAAAUCGCAUUCAAUAGAAUGCUCCGUCUGAGAUCUGCAGCGGUAGCUACUUUGUGGGUGGAGGGGGAAUAAAACGUAUAAGAAAAGCAGAUGUCGCUGUGGGGAGUUUGACAUACCCGCUUCGGUGGAGUCUUUGCCUCGACACCUUGAGGAGAGUAUUUUUCCCCCUACUGCAUUGCAGCCGGCAUGCCAGUGUUUCAAGUUCCGCAGUGACACAGACGUGGUCAACACACACCGCUUCAGCAAGAGUGAAUGAGAAUGUACACCUGUUGGCAGACCUUUCCUGUCAUUGGACAGACCUGACUGAUGUGAGCCACAUAGAUGACGAUUAAACAAGCUAGUCCAGUAAGGAAUCACAGUUUUAGCUUUCUGCGAUGUAGACCUGCAACGUUUUGUUCCUCCCUUGGUCUUAACGGUUUCUGUGUGAUGUGUAAAAAGGGUUUGUUAAACGCCUCAUGUCUGAAGACACAUUAGUUUCUUUGACAGACUGGAACCGACGCAACGCAUACUACAUGGCUUUGCAAGCUUAACGACAGUAAAAAGGUGUUAUGGGGAAGUCUGCAUUCUCCAGUGUUGUUAAUUCUGAGAGAACUGAAUGUAUUCAGUGUUAAACUAAAACUGACUGCUUUCAUAAAAGUUUAUUUGACCGAAUACUUAGAAGCAGUGGUAUAGACUUCAGCGCCAUUUUGAAAAUGCUUUUUAAAUGUUUUGAGACCGUAUUUAUUUGUAUUUAUUUCCUGUAGGCUUCUGGAUAAGAAAUGUCCUUGUCAAUACCAUGGAGAUGUAGCUCGUGAGGUCCGAGUACAUACACCUUUCUUUAUGCUUAAAAAACGCACUUUUUGUAUCCAUUUUAAAAGAUGACUUAGGAAAUGUCUGUGCAUGUUAGGCCCAUAGUUCUGUUGUAUCAUUUACCAAGUGUCUGUAUGUCCCCCCUCCCCUGUACUUCUUUAUGAAAAUACAAUUACCAGAAGAAGAAAA